AUGGCUUCGGUCCAAGAGAUCACUCACAAAACUACCCUGUUCUCUACUGAUGUUGAACGGAUGAUAAAAGAUGAUGGCAACCGGGGUGCUGUUAGAGAUAGGAUGGAGAGGAGAUGGCUGCCACCUCCAGCUAAUUUGCUGAAGAUCAACUCGGAUGGUGCUCUUAUAGAGAAGGAGAAAUGCGGGGCAUGGGGCUUUGUGAUGAGGGAUUGUGAUGGGCAUGGUAUUCUUGCAGGUGCUGGGCGUUUUCGUGCGGUGUAUGGUGCAUUGUCUACAGAAGGAGAAGCGUGCUUGGCAGCUCUACAAGCUGCGUUGGAGGCCGGUAUAUCCAGAAUCUUCAUCGAGACUGACUCUUCAUGA